AUGUUGGGGUUUCGCUUCAGCUACCUCUACAAGCUGCAUACCGAAUCCUUUAUGGGAUUCAAUGCAGUAUGCCUCCCUGGAAAUCCACCUGGAGCAUUUUAUCGAUCCAGUCUACCGGCCACGCCGGUAUCUACGCCUAUUCGAGAGAAUGGAAGGUUUUCAGAGCAAGCCCUGCGUGAGAGAUUGUGUCGCACUCCGUCACCAAGGAAGUGCAGACUGUUCGAGUCCAGGGUUUCUGAACCUGACAUUGGGUUCAAUGUGUUGAAUUCUGGGCUUCAGCUGUCCUCCCCUGAUGAUGAAAUAGAUGAAGAAGCCCCUUUAGCUUUUUCACCUGCCAGACCCAGCCUCCAAAGUCGUUUGGAGAGGCUGGAACAGGAGAGAGAUACACCUGCCAAUAAUCUGAAAAAAAGAAUCUUUGUGGGAAAUAUUCCUGAAAGAGUUUCCAAAAAAGAACUUAAGGACUUUUUCUCCAAAUUUGGUAAAGUUUCAGAUUGCUUGAUUGUGCAAGAUCACAUUAAAAGGAAAUCAAGAGGGUAUGGUUUUGUCAUAUUUUCUAACCAACAUGAUGCUGAAAGAGCCAGAAAUGCUCCCCUUGCAGAACUGGAUUGCCACGGAAGAUCCCUUAGGGUGUUUCCUGCAGAGGAAAGGAAAAGUGAAAAAUACAAAAAGGAGGCUAGAGAAAUUCUGUUUCAGCAGGCAUCAGAAAGUAAAGUUGAAGAGUAUAGUGAUAGUCUUCAAGUGCCAACCAUAUCUAAAAGCAGCAGUUUACAAAACAUUAAUGAAAUGAAUUCAGACAUGUUGUUACUAAUUUUUUCAUUCUUAGGCAUCAAAGAUAGAGUAAAACUAGAACUUGUUUGCAAAAAAUGGAGAAAACUGUCUUUAGAGUUAUGGAGAUCACAAAGCAGCAUAAAUUUUGAAAAUGUGUUUUGUUUAUGGGAAGGAAAACCACUUACAAAUAGCAUUUUGUUGUCAAUAUUAAAAAAGUGUUCUGGAUGCCUCAGAAAAUUGGACUUGUCUACUGCAUCUCAUACAUUAGAUUACAAAGCAGUUGAAAUUAUAGCUCAAGGUUGUCCCAAUCUGGAGCACAUUAAUUUAUCGAGUGUUAAGGUUACCAAUGUCUCACUUCAACAAUUAGCAAUUAAAUGUCCCAAGUUAAAACAAGUAAUUCUUCAGAGGUGUUUUGAAGUGGGCGAGAAAGGAAUUUGGUGGCUAUUGCACCUCUGUAAGAAACUUGAAUGCAUUGAUUUAACUGGAAAUCCUCGCAUCUCGGGUCAAUGUUUUCAUAUGGCUGGUCAAAAUCUUCAAACUUGUGUUCUCAAUAAAUGUUCAAGGUUCAGUCCUAUGGGAUUUACUAAGUUAGCGACUAGAUGUCGACAGUUAUCUGCACUGUAUAUCAAUGAUUGCUUUCAAUUGUCUGACAGAGCCCUUGAAUUAUUGUGUCAGAGUUUAAAGUCUUUGAAAAUUAUGUAUGUUGGAGGGGUAUUUCCUGAUAUGACAUCUAGCGGACUGCAUCAUAUUGGCAGGUUAUCGAAUCUUGAACAAUUAUGCUUGGCGCACAAUCAACAUGUAAAUGAUGAUGUUUUGUAUGCUAUAAGUCGAGGCUGCAAAAAGCUCAGGUACCUUGAUCUGUCUGGUUGUACUGACAUCAGCGAUUAUUCUUUGACAUCGCUAUCUGCAUGUUACGCUUUAAGAACCCUGCACAUAAGUUACUUAGAUAGAAUAACUGAUGAAGGACUUUCAUCUAUAUCCAGACAAGGUCUGUUGGAAACUCUUCAACUACGAGGCUGUCCUAACAUUGGAGAUCAAGGUCUAUUGACAUUAGUGCUUCUUUGCCCUUACCUCCAACUUCUUGACGUUAGCGGUUGUCAGCAUGUUACAAAUGUUACAGUGACGGCGUGCCUCGAUUCUGUUCAAGCUCGUUCUUCUGGCAGAAAAUUAAUGAUUGUAACAGGAGGUACUAGUGUUGAGUUGGAAGCAUUAGAAUUGGAUUCAUCUCUUCUUGAAAUUUCCCGACAGAAUUAUUGCAUUAAUAGUUUAAGGCCAGACAAGUUGGAUUACAUUGGUGAUGAGAGUGAUGAAGAAGAUGAACCAACUAUUGAAAAUGAUCAAGGUGAAAACUCUCAAGAUAAAGAAAGUACAGGUGCUGAAGAAAUUCAAAGUGUAACUACUACUGAUCUUAAUGGAGAAUGGGCUGAAAUAUACGAAUCUCCAUUAUAAAUCUAGCAUUUUUGUCAUAAUUUUAUGCUAUGUUUGAAUGUGUUAUUUCCCACCAUCAGUAGUAGUUGUCCAUUUCGGUGUUUUACGUUCACCUUGAAUCACGUUUGGAACAUUUAAACACUUAAGUUUCUCCACAGCUUAGUUUUGAAGCAUUUAGCACAUAAGUUUGUUCCUUCAUUUUCCUGCUGUAGAUGUAUUUAAUUCAUUAUUAUUUUUCAUAUAUUGACUAAGAUUUGUAUUAAGUAUUUUUUUUAGUAAAUGUAAAACUUUUUAUAUGAGUCUACAUGCAGUAUUUUUUGUUAUUGAAAAAGCUUUCUGUAAAGUAGAAUUUUUCACCUUCACUGAAUUGGUUUAUUGGUCGUUAGAGGAAAAAUAAUUUUGGAUAUGAUUGCUGAUUCAUGCAUAAAACCAUACAUUAUUUUAUACAAUUUAUUCCCUUUUUUUAAACCUAGUCAUUUGUACUGAAGAGCAUUGGUUUUAAAAUAUAUACUACUUGUGAUAAACUGGUGAUUGUAUAUAAUUACUGGUGAUUACUCAUAAUAAACUUAGUGAGUGUGAUACAACAAAAAAUUAAGUAACAAAAUUAAACAGAAAACAAAAAAUAGUUAAAUAAUCACUAUAAAACAAGAGUUCUUUAAAAAAAAAAAAAAAGGAAUUUGUUGCUUUAAAAUUGUGUUCCAUGGCUGAUGAGUUUGGUCUCAUGGUUUUUCUUUUCCAGUUAAUAGCUUCAUUUUUGAUAUAAAUAAGAAUAGACUAAAAAAUCUUUAAAAUCCUUGAGCUAAAAAUGUGCAAAGCAGAUAUUAAUUAAGUAAAGAACAAAAUUAGUAGUGGUAAACAAAGACUAAGCAACGAACCAAACAAAAUUAAUGCAAAAUUGUUAGAAAACAUGGGUAGUUAAAGCAAAGACAAAGAAAUGAAAUAGCUGCUUUCAGAUUGAUCUCCUCAGCAGUUGAAAUCUCAAAGUAUCAGGUAGAAUUCAUUUUUUGGUGCUUGGGCCUAAUUAUCAUUUUAAUGAUGCUUUGUACUGUCCGAUAUUGUAACACGAAACUUUACUCGAAUUUGCGCAUGCGUCAGUUCUUUUCUGAUUUUAUCAAAACAGGGGUGAUAGCAAGAAGGAAGUAACAAGCAAGCAGAAACUCAAUGCAUCGGGAAGUGCGCUUCCUUAAAAAAUCACCCCUUUUUCAAUUGGAACCGUUCGCAGCUGCUAGUCGCCGAGUUCGAGAUCAGACAGUAGAUCUGGGACCUGAUACUUUGAGAUUUACACUGCUGAC